AUGAGCUGGCUCGAGAGACGCAACGACGCCAUCCAGGUGAACCCAAACACCGUCAAUGACAAGCAUGUCGACAUUGCCAUUACAGUCCGCGGCUCCGACUUCUACUUUGCCAUCUGCGCCGUCAUGGGCUGCGUCGCACUCGGCACGAUGGCAGCAUCUGCUAUGAAGCCUCGUACAGACCGUAUCUUCUUCUACAUUACUGCCGCUAUCAACAUGACUGCUUGCAUUGCCUACUUUGCCAUGGGUUCAAACCUUGGCUGGACACCCAUCGAUGUCGAGUUCCAGAGGUCGUGGUCAAAGGUCGCUGGUGUCAAUCGUGAGAUCUUUUACGUCCGCUAUAUCGACUGGUAA